AUGCAGGAUUAUGAUGACACCACAGCUUUUCUGGGUCAGUGGGGACGUUUCCAGCAGAUUGUCUUCUUUCUGCUCUGUGUCAGCGUCAUGCCCAAUGGAUUUGGUGCUUUCUCUGUCGUCUUCUUGACUGAUAUUCCCGGUCACCACUGCCUGGUUCCUGAGGUUAAUCUGACCCAAGAUUGGCGCAAUGCUACCAUCCCAAUAGAGGUGGUGGAUGGGAAACGGGAGCUGAGCCGAUGCAGCAGGUACAGGCUGGAUGUGGUCAGAAAUCUCUCUGCUCAGGGAUUAAUUCCUGGCAGAGACGUCAACCUCACCGACCUGGAGCAGGAGGGCUGUGUGGACGGGUGGAUCUACAGCAAAGACAUCUACCAAUCCACCAUAGUCUCUGAGUUUGACCUGGUGUGCAGUGAUCAGUGGAAGCAGCCGUUGACUUCCACAGUUAACUUUCUUGGAGUUCUUUUUGGAUCCUUCUUCUCAGGGCAGCUCUCAGACAGGUUUGGAAGAAAGCCUGUUCUCUUUGCCACCAUGGCAGUUCAGACAAUUUUUUCCUUUUCUCUAAUGUUUUCACCUUCAUGGACAGUGUUCUCCAUCAUCCUCUUCAUCAAUGGUUUGGGACAGAUCUCCAACUACGUAACUGCUUUUGUGCUGGGCACUGAGAUCUUGACUGGCAAUGUACGGGUCAUCUUCUCGUCUAUGGGUGCGUGUCUAGGCUUUGCCAUUGGCUACAUGAUGCUGCCUCUCUUAGCUUACUUUUUAAGGGACUGGAGAUCUCUCAUUUGGGGUAUCUCUCUGCCUGGCCUGCUCUACAUCCCUCUCUGGUGGUUCAUCCCAGAGUCUCCUCGAUGGUUGCUCACUCAGGGAAGAGUGGCGGAGGCUGAGACCAUAGUGAGAAAGGCUGCUAAAAUGAACAAAGUCGAGGCUCCACGGGUCAUCUUUGAAGAUUACACUGUACAUGCUGAUGAGAAAAAGACACACCCUAAGGGACACCACAAUGUCUUCAACCUGCUGAGGACAAAAGACAUCCGAAACACGACCGUCAUUCUGUUCCUGGUGUGGUUCACUCUGAGUGUUGGAUACUAUGGCCUCUCCCUGAACACGUCCCGACUUCAUGCUAACCCCUAUAUCAGCUGCUUCCUCUCAGCAGCUGUAGAGGUACCAGCAUACAUUUCCAGCUGGCUGGCACUGCAAUACCUUCCACGACGACUGUCUGUCAUAUUUAUCUUGCUCUUUGGAGGACUGUCGCUGUACUUCAUUCAACUGGUGCCUCAAAGUUUAUCAAGUCUGUCUGUUGCUCUGGAGAUGCUGGGUAAAUUUGGUCUUACCACUGGUACAUCCCUGGUGUAUGCCUACACAGCAGAGAUUUACCCAACAGUGCUCAGGAACACAGCGACUGGGACAUGCUCUACUGUUUCCAGAGUUGGCAGCUCCAUUGCACCGUUUUUGUUAGAGUUGAGUCACUACUUUAAGUACCUGCCUUAUAUUAUAAUGGGAACUCUGGCUGUUGUGUCCGCCUUUGCCACUCUCUUCCUGCCAGAGAGUUUUGGACGACCUCUACCUCAAACUAUUCAACAGAUGCAUAAGAGAGAAAGCAUGAAGUGUCCAUUCAUCACAAGAAGAGAACAUUCAAAACCUGUGGUGCUUUUCGAAAGUCGACUCUGAUUGUCUAAAACAUUACUACUUACAUGAGUUAUUGAUAAAUAUUAUUAUUAUAGAUAUUGAUAACAUUCAGCCACUAGAUGUCGCAUUUUCCUUCCCCCGUUCCAGUAGUGUACUGUUCAGCUAUAAAAUGAGAAAGUUUGU